AUGUUUUUGGUCUUGUUGUUGAUGGGUCUGUAGUUGCUUCAGCUGAUAUACUUGCUGUUGUUGCUGCUGGUAUUCUUGCGGUUGUUACUGCUGGUAUGCUUGUGGUUGUUACUGCUGGUAUGCUUGUGGUUGUUGCUGCUGGUAUACUUGCGGUUGUUACUGCUGGUAUGUUUGCGGUUGUUACUGCUGGUAUGCUUGCGGUUGUUGCUGCUAUUGUUCUUAUAGUUGUUGCUGCUGUUGUUCUUAUGGUUGUUGCUGCUGUUGUUCUUGUGGUUGUUGCUGCUAUGCUUGUAGUUGUUGUUAUGACUUCUUGA